UCAGCUACAGCGCUGGGAUCAGCGCGUGCGUGAAAGGUGAUCAGUGGCAGUGGGCCCUGGCGCUACUCAACGAGAUGUUUGAUGCGAACUUGGAGCCCGACGUCAUCAGUUACAGCGCUGGGAUCACUGCUUGCGACAAGGGCAGGCAAUGGCAGCAGGCUCUUUCGCUAUUGAGUGAGGUGUCGGAAGCAAAGCUGGAGCUUGAUAUUAUCAGCUAUGGCGUUGGGAUCAGCGCGUGCAAGAAAGGCGAGCAGUGGCAGCGGGCGCUGUCGUUGUUCGGACAGAUGGAGGAGUUGCAUUUGGAGCCCAACGUCACCUUUCAACGCUGGGAUCAGCGCUUGCGAAAGAGGCGGGCAGUGGCAGCGGGCUCUGGCGCUGCUCAGCGAACUGCGGGAGCGGGGGCUGGAACCCGACGUCAUAAGUUACAGCGCUGGGAUCAGCGCCAGCGACAUGGGCGACCAGUGGCACUGGGCUUUGGCGCUGCUUAG